UCUGACCCACUCCAUCAAGCUCAUCGUGCUCUAUGUUUCUCACCGCCCGGCAGAAUCCGCCUCAUCAGCUAGGAUAGCCUACUUGGCAGUAACUGAAUAGGAGGACCAUAGCAACAACAUUCACUGACAAUCUUCGCAUCCGAACAAGACCUUUUCGAAUUUCCACCAGCUUCAUCCGAUAGCAUUUAAGCACCUUCCAAUAUUCACACACUCAGUAUUGAUCUUUAAAUAUCCGCGCUUUCAAAAUGGCCGACCGUUUCCCUUCGCUUGAGGACUUCGAUUCUGGGGCGCAAACCGAUAUUAAGGACCCUACUGCUGAGCCCUCAACCGAUGAUUUCCUCGCCCGCGAGAAGGCUCUUCUCGGAGAUGAUGCAGACCAGUUCGUGACCAACGAUGACACUGCUGCCUUCGCUAGUAACGAUGAUGACCUUCUCGGCGGCGCUGGCAACAAUGAGCAGUCCACUUUCGAAUCCCAGUUCCCUGACCUGACCAACCCCGAGGCUGGUACUGGCGUCUCCGGUGGAACCGCCAUCACAGGAGGACCCUCUGUAAGCUACAACUCCGGAUAUCAGGCUUUCGCCGAGGAAGAGGAAGAGCCCGAGGUCGUCAAGGAGUGGCGGGAGCGUCGUGACAACCAGAUUGCCAAGCGCGCCGAACAAUUCGCUGCGCAGCGAGAAGAGACCAUCAAGGAGGCCCAGCAGAACAUCGAUGAUUUCUACGAGAACUACAACAACAAGAAGGAGAAGGGAAUCGCGCAGACACGAAAGGAAGCUGAAGAGUUUUUGGCAAGCCGAGAGGACACCGUCUCUGGUGGCACCAGCUGGGAUCGUAUCGCCAAGUUGGUGGAUGUUAGCGGCAAGGGUGCCAAGGGAGGUGCCUCUGGAUCUGGCAAGGAGCGAUUCCGAGAGUUGCUAGUCAGCCUACGAAAGGACGAAAAGGCGCCCGGCGCCACAGGCUAUUAGAACAAGCCCGAUUGGAUUUUUUUCCAACUAUCCGCGGAUGGAGUCGCAGGUCCGGUGCAGUGCGCGCUAGACGUUGCUUUUUGAGGCAUGCAACUUUCUUGAGUUCUUCAUGUAUUCUAAAGUUUUGGGAGUCCGGGUUUAAUGGCAAUGACGUGUGAAUAGAGGGCACGAUUUGACAACAGGU